AGUAUGUUUAUGUAUAGAACCGCUAUAAUCAAUAUAAACUCGAAUGUGAAAUCCCAAGCCUAUUCGGCUAUAUAUAUGUAAAGCGAAAUUAUAUAUAAACAUCAGUUCGUGUUUCGAGGACAUACACAAAACAACACAAAAUGGCAAACUCAAAAGUUACGCUUUUAGCAGUGUUCUUAGCUGUGGUUCUAUCGGUAGCUACCGCACAUGUCAUCGGGGUCAGUGGCCUAGGAGUUGGCUUCAUCGGUGGCGGGUACGGGCCAGGCUAUGGGUAUGGGAGGUUCCCAGGCCAUGGCUACGGAGGCUUCUACAGACCCAGUUACGGCUACGGCCACUACAGCUAUGGCGGCUACGGACACGGAUUUGGUGGCCCAGGAUUUUACUUCUGAUCAACCUUAACUGAAGACCCUUGCAUUAGAUACUAAGUCUUUGUGAUACUUUCUAUUUAUUAAUUUAUUUAUUUUAAAUAAAUUUUGUUUAACAAA